UUAUUAUAUGAGGAAAAUAGAUGACUUUUACAAAGUAUUCUGUGUUCAUAUCUCAAAAUCUAUACAAAUUAAUUUGAAAGGCGAAACUUUAAUAAUAAUUACAGGAUCUUAUCAAUGUAGAGUUGGCUGGUCCAUUUAUGAUGAACCUCAGCUUAUAUUUAAAAACUUAAUAGCUAGACCACGUAAAGACAGAAGUAAGAAGGAUGCAGAACCUCCAGCCACCCCACCUAUUCAAAUAGGAAAUGAUAUAAUCAAUAUUGAAGCUGUAAGGUUUCAACUCAAGACUCAGUUUGAUAAAAAUAUUGUAACACAUUACGAAGCUCAAGAACAAGUCUGUGACUACAUCUUCUCACAUCUGGCUAUUGACAGUGAGAGUUGUGUCCCCCACCCUAUUGUUAUGACUGAAGCUUUUGUAAAUCCCAAUUAUUGUAGACAAUGUAAGAAAUAUUACCUACAUUAUUUAUAAUUAAGACUGGCAUGUUUUCAGUUUUAAGUCUUUUUAAAGACCAAGUUACUAUUUUCUAUUUCAGUGAUGUCUGAACUACUGUUUGAAGCUUAUGCUGUGCCAGCAGUUAGUUAUGGAGUAGACUCUAUGUUUAGCAUGUAUAGAAAUGAAAUUGGUGAUACUGCUCUAAUUGUUAACUGUGGAUACCAUACAAUACAUAUUAUACCAGUCAUUAGGGGUCAAGUCAUUGUAGAACAUGCAAGAAGAAUUAAUUUAGGUGGAAGUGAAAUGAUAUCCUAUUUGCACAAACUUCUUCAACUGAAAUAUCCAGUCCAUGUGAAUGCAAUCACUAUGUCAAGAGCAGAGGAAAUUCUACAUGAACAUUGUUCAAUAGCCCUUGACUACCAGGAGGAAAUCAGGAAAUGGGCUAACCCUGAUUAUUAUGAGACUAAUGUUAAAAGAAUUCAGCUACCUUUUGUUCAAACAAGUAGUUCAUCAACAUUGACCGGUGAGAAAAUAACAGUUAUUUUUCUGCUUAUUUAUUUUGUUGAAAUGAAGUUUUGUUUUAAAUAUAUUUUUUCAUAUUCAUUCAUUUCAGCUGAACAACAAAAAGAACGUAAAAAGGAAAUGGCGCGCAGAUUACUCGAAAUAAAUGCGAGAAAGAGAGAAGAAAGGCUUGCUGAGGAUGAAGAGCAGUUGAAUCAGUUACUAGCCAUUCAGGAAAUGAUAGAAGACGGUGACACAGAUGAAUUUAACGAAGCCAUAAAAGGAUUUGAUAUAAAGAGUUAUGAAGAUCUACAGCGUCAAAUAGCGAACGUGAACAUGCGCAUAGAAAAGAAUAAGCAGCGCAUCGCGAGUGCAGCGACUGCCGACGAGGUGCCUGAAGCGAGACCAUCAGGCCGACUGCAGCCGCCUGUAGACCCCGACGCAUUCCAGACCUGGCUCGCUGAUACCAGAGCGAAGUAUCGCGAGUUGUUAUCACGUCGCGAGGCGCGGCGCGCGCGUCGUGCUGCGAUGGUGAAACGUCGUACGGCGGCGGCGGCGGAGCGCAUGCGCGUCAUAUCGCGUCUCGCCGCCGCCGGGGACGAGUUCGGAAACCAAGACUCCGACUGGGACGCAUAUAAGAGUAUAAGUCGCGACGCAGAUUCUGAUUCUGAAGCCGACGGCGAAAGAAUUAUGGAAUUGGAAGAAGCGCUGCGCGAGCAUGAACCGCAGACUUCUUCGCAUCAACAUCAUCAAUUGCAUCUCGCUAUUGAACCCCUAAGGGCCCCCGAGUUAAUGUUCCAGCCUUCUAUGAUGGGUAACUUAGAAGCAGGUCUUGCAGAGACAUUGGAGUAUGUUUUUAAGCACUUCAAUCCUGAGGAACAACUACUAUUAGCUAACAAUGUGUUUGUUACAGGCGGUUGUUCACAAUUUCCAGGUUUGAAGGAAAGGCUAGAAAGGGAACUUCUUGAAAUGCGACCAUUCCAGUCAACACACAAGGUAGUCAUGGCCAAAAACGCUAGUCUCGACGCCUGGUACGGAGCUCGUGAUUUCGCAGGAAGCAACGAAUUCGAAAACUGGUGUAUAUCGAAGGAAGAAUACUACGAGAUGGGUAGCGAGUAUUUGAAGGAACAUCACGCGAGCAACAGGUAUUUUAAGAGCCCCGCACCCAUCACUGAUAAUACCCUUACCCCCGCUGGGGACGCUAAUGUUAUUAAAGAAGAAAUAGUCCUAGAUUGUUAGUAAUAAUAAAUGUGUGUUAUCCAUUUUUGCGGUUUCAU